AGUCCAAAGAUUGUGUCAGUCAAUCCAUAUCGACCGAAGCAGAUUGUACUGGCCACUCGGACAUCGGGCAAAGAUCCCGCCAGUGUAAUGCUUCUGAAAACAUAAACUUCUCCAAGAGCCAAUGUGAAAAUUCAAGAUGGAUGCCAGGCCACCCGACCUACACGACGCGUGUCGAGAUGGGAACGAGGCUGAGGUACAAAGUAUCCUGUCACGUGACUCAGUAGGCAUCGACAGAAGAGGCCCGAAUGCCAAGACACCGGUUCUUAUAGCAGCAGAACGGGGCGUCAAACCGAUAUAUGAUCUGCUGAUAAACCGUGGAUGUGAUAUUUCUAAAACCGAUGACAACAACAACAACAUCCUCCACGCUGCGUGUAAAGGGGGCAACGUGGACAUCGUUGAAGAUGUCAUUUCCCGAGACGCUGCACUGCUGAACAGAGGAGGACAUCACCGAAAAACGCCGGUUAUGCUCGCAGUCGAGCAUUGCCAUGAAGUCGUUUUUCAUCUGUUGUUAGAUAACGGUUGUGACCCGAAAACAGCGGACGCUCUUGGUUACACAGUACUUCACUGGGCCUGUCUUGGUGGAAGUCCUAGCAUCGUUAAACACCUUCUGUCUCAAGGAAACAUUGACAUCAACGUCAAAGGCACCGAUGGCGUCACGCCCGUGAUGGCCGCUGGAAGAAAUGGACAUGAACAGGUUUUCGACAUGCUUGUCGAACAAGGGUGCGAUUUGUCCAUCGUGGAUGGUCAUUCUAAUACCGUCCUUCAUCACGCAAGUCGCGGUGGGUGUUUAGCCAUUGUGGAAUUCAUUCUAACACAGGAUGUUGUUGCUAUCAACAAGAGAGGAAAGAACGGAUUAUCACCUGUGAUGAUUGCUGCAGAGAAGGGACACAAGGAUAUUUUCUACCUUCUUAUCAAUAAAGAGUGUGAUCUGAAGGGAGUCAGCAAGCUUGGCAACAAUAUCCUGCACUGUGCUGCUUGUGGGGGAUGUGUGGAAGUUGUGGAGUAUCUUCUGUCGCGGAGAACCGUGGACAUCAACAGCAAGGGCUGUGGAGGUAUCACACCUGUGCUGAUGGCUGCUUUGAUGAAUCAGCACGAGGUGUUCCUACUGCUGGUGAACACGGGGUGUGAUCUGACCGUUACGGACGCCAACAACGACAACGUGCUUCACCAAGCGUGUCGAGGAGGAGCCACAAGCAUCAUCGAGUACGUCCUGUCACAAGACAUCGCGGAUAUAAAUGGGAAGGGAAGAAACCGUUUGACUCCUGUCAUGAUUGCCGCUGAGAAGGCCCACAAAGACAUAUUCUAUCUCCUUCUUAGUAAAGGAAGCGACCUCUCUGGGAAGAGUGUAUACGGGGACUAUAUACUUCACUGUGCCUCCAUUGGAGGCAAUGUUGAGAUCAUUGAGUACCUUCUGUCCCAGGGAGUCGAUGACAUCAAUAGUAAAGGACAGCUUGGAGCGACGCCUGUCAUGAUGGCAGCUCAGAAGGUGCGGAGAGAAGCGUUUGGGCUGCUUGUGAGCAGAGGAAGUGAUCCGGCUGUUGUGGAUGAGAACAAUGACAGUCUUCUUCACCAUGCGUGUUCAGGAGGCUGUGUAGAUAUAGUGGAGUAUGUCAUGUCUGUGAGCAGAAUCGACAUCAACCGACGAGGACAACAUGGACUGACGCCAAUCAUGAUGGCUGCAUACAAAGGCAACUCGUUGGCCUUUCAUGCACUUGCUGAAGUUCAGUGCGAUAUGUCCCUGAAGUCUGACAGCAAUUUAAACAUAUUUCAUAUAGCCUGUAUUUCAGGCAAUGUUGAAAUUGUGGAAUAUCUUAUGUCAAAUGGUGCCGAUAUGCAUUUAGAGGGUGGAGAACAUGACAGAACGCCCAUUUCUAUGGCUGCAAUGAGAGGCCAUCGGGUGGUUUUCGAUUUACUUGUCAAGGAAGGUUGUUGCAUUACAGAUGUGGAUGCAGACAGCAAUAAUAUUCUCCAUCACGCAGUCAUCGGUGGAAACAAGGAGAUUGUUGAGUAUCUUCUUGCAAAUGAAAUAUUUGACAUUAACUCUCCAGGGCAGUUUUUGAGAACUCCUGUAAUGAUGGCAGCCGAAAAUGGCAGAAAACCUGUGUUUGAGCUGCUUGUUAAAAAGGGGUGUGAUCUGACCCUCGUGGACGAGAGUGGGAACAAUAUCCUCCAUGCAGCAUGUUGCGGUGGGAAUCUAGACAUUGUGGAAUAUGUGCUUUCGAGGGAUCUUCUGGACAUCAACGCUCGGGGAGCGGGUGGAAACCCGAUUGAAGUAGCCGAGACAAACGGAUAUAAGGAUGUCGUAGAUUUAUUGAAGCGGAAAGGAGGCAAGGCACACCGUUGUGUUAUAUCUUAGGGACAUGAACACAGCGGGGCAAAACGUUUGAAUCUGGGCUGGAGAUUGGCCCUUUGCUUCCAGAGACUCUGAUCUUGAAGUUAGAAUGGAACAUGGGCUGGAGCGAGGCUGGAACUGGGAUUGAAAAUGGGAUUGGAACUGGUGAUGGAACUGGGAUUGAAAUUAGGGGUUGGAGCUAGGGUUGGACCCGAGGUGGUACUAAAAUUGGAAACGAGAUGUGCGUUUCGUUUGGAGUUCAUUAUUACAAUGGAAUUGGAGUUGCACUGAAGCGGUUAGUUGGUUGGUUGGUUGGUUGUUGUUGUUGUUUAACGCCGCACUCGACAAUAUUCCAGCAAUAUGGAGGGGGUAAAUAAUCAAGUCCGGACCAGACAAUACAGUGAUCAACAGCAAGAUCAUCGAUCUACGCAAUUGGGAUACGAUGAUAUGUAUUUCUAUUGUUGUAUUGACUUAAACUGGUCAUGGGGUGUUACAGUCUUAGGUUGUGUGGGGAAUAGAAGCUGAAAAUGGAUAUUUGUCUUUAGGUUUAGGGUAGAAAUGGGGUUGGACCGAGGAACCACGGUUUAAUCGUUAACAUGGGGUUGGGAUCGGAAGGGGCUGGUUGAGGUGAGAGCUUGAGCUGGGACAGGUUAC